AUGUACGCAAAGUCAGUUGGCGAGCAAUUUUCUAACGGGAAACCAUUUGCCGUUCCGAUGACCGACCGCUGGAUUGUCUUUGUAUCGGACACUAAACAGCUAAAACGACUAGAAUGUGAACCGGAAUCCGUAUUAUCAAUGGAAGAGGCGCUGCAAGAACUUGCAUUUACAGGACCAAUCUUGGGCCAUCAUCAAGUACCUCGUGAUAAUAAGGGGCCCAAGAGUGAAGCAUUUCGUGUUAUGGUUGGUGUGAUAAAGAAUAAGCUUCGGUCGAAUGUUCCCGCAAUGAGCGAUUCCCUUCAGAUGCGGAUUAAGGAGGCUAUAGCUUUAGAGGUGGCACCUCCAGACGGUAUAGCACGAAAUGAUCGGAACGACAUAUUCCUACCUUUGCAGUAUCCACGAUACUACUUUCGGCAUCCGUAG